AUGCAAGGCAUUCAACACUUCGCCCUGCCCGGCUACACUGCCAGAAAUGACACAAAGAGGAACAUGGGGGCGGAGAUGACGAAGCUGUGGAGGGUACGAACGGUGCUCGACAGACGGAUUUACUUGCCUUCGGAUUCGAGCGGCAUGGGAGGCAGAGACCAGAUUGAUACCUACGCGCAACAAGCGGUGCCUCCAUCAAAGUUUGACGCGAUAUCUACAUCUUCAUCGGAUGUGCCGUCUGAGCCAAGGGUUAUACAGGAGAUGUGCACGUCGGUAAACGUAAAGUUCAUCGCACCGGAGCUUGAUUGUGUGGCCGGAUGGAAAAGCACGCUUACGAUGCUAGCGUCAGCCGAGGAAUUUCCAGAAAACACUGCAAACUACGGUCUGGUCAAGAACGAGGGCCCCAUGUACUCGUCUGAAAUCUACACGAUCUCUAUCUGA